CAAGUAAAAACGACGUCGAGAUGCUUUACUAACUAUGUUCAUCAACCUCCGUCAAACAUGACGUGAACAGUAUUCCCACCCAACAAACAAAAUAAACGGAAUCACAGCCGACACUCGUCCCCGAACCUCCAGCUUCACACGUCCCAUACCUUACGUCCGAACCUAACCUUGGUUGUACGGUAGUAGUUCUUACAUUUCCCCACUCUCGUCUGUCUCCCCGAGUCCCUUCCUCCCCUAGUCCUCAUUGUAAACUGUCCCACACAACUCAACUGAUUGAUUACCGAUCUCUCAUCUUUGGAAGCAAUUCGGUUGGAAGAUCAUGAUGCACACCAAAUCAGAUUCUGAUGUAACAAGCUCAGUCGACCCAUCGUCUCCAAGAUCUCCCAAACGUCAACUCUACUACGUCCAAAGCCCUUCCAGGGACUCCCACGAUGGGGACAAGUCAUCGUCCGUGCAAGCAACGCCCGCCUACAACAGCCCCAUGGAAUCUCCUUCUCACCCUUCCUACAGCCGUCACUCCAGGGCCUCAUCUGCUAGUCGUUUCUCUGGAACCCUCAAGAAAGAAAGGAAGAGAAACGAAAAGGGUUGGAAUGAGUGUAAUGUUAUUGAAGAAGAAGGUGAUUAUGGGGAGUAUUUUUAUGGAAGGGAUAAAGGGUUGACGAGGAGGUGCCAGAUUUUGAUGGGUGUGUUUGGGUUUGUGGCGGUUUUCAGUUUGUUUUGUUUGAUCAUCUGGGGUGCCAGCCGCCCUUACAAAGCUCAAAUCGCUGUUAAGAGCUUGACAGUCCAUAAUUUUUAUUUUGGAGAGGGAGCGGACACGACAGGAGUUCCAAGCAAGAUGCUUACCAUGAAUUGUUCAGUGAGGAUGACAGUAUACAAUCCUGCUACUUUCUUUGGUAUUCAUGUUAGCUUCAAUCCAGUCAACCUAAUGUACUCAGAAAUUGCAGUUGCCACUGGUCAGUUGAAGAAGUACUAUCAACCAAGAAAGAGUCAUCGUACUGUAGUUGUGACUCUCCGUGGAGAUAAGGUUCCUUUGUAUGGGGCUGGGGCAAGCUUAGCAGUCUCAGAUGAUGGAGUUGGAGUUCCAAUGAAUUUAAUCUUUGAAAUUCGGUCCAGAGGGAAUGUGGUGGGAAAGUUGGUGAGGUCAAGGUAUCGGAAACUUAUCUCUUGUUCCUUGGUUAUUGACUCCCAUAGUAGCAAACCUCUCAAGCUAAAAAAUAGUUCCUGCCAACAUGACUGAGUCUGAGAGUGCUGGUUCUCCAGCAUCUACAGAAGAUUGCUCUCCGCUUGGAAAUGGUGGUUUUGGGCUGUUUUGAGUCAUUUGCAAAGCUUCUAGUGGCUUGGUAUGUGUGGAAGUAAUAAAUUCUUUAGAAAACAGUAUAAUCAUUUAAAUCAGUUUUGGGUGAAAUUGAAAAUUUGUUCCAAGUUAAUUUGUUUCUAUUUGGAGAAAUAUGAACUAUCAUCUUGGUGUAGGUUAUAUCUUGUCGAUUAGGAUAUUAAUUUUGAUUCAUUAAGAAGUUCCUUGUUUCCAUUUACACCUCUAUGGGUGUGUAGAAACUCCAUGAAUGAUUUCUGUGAUAAUUGUUAAAACAAGAUUUUAUUCA